CAAGAGACGCUGGGGAGAGAGCAGGGAUCGCGAGCCCGGCGGAUGCGGCAGCGGCGGAAGGCGGCUGGGGAGACGCUACUCCAACUGUUGAAUUGAAUUUUCACCUUUCCUUUCAUCCGCUGCUUUGCUUGCGGAGAUGGAUUUAUUUGCUUUGAAAUCCGCAUAUCUUUCUCAGACUGUGGGGUGAUCCCGGCAGACACCAGACUGAAAGAGACCACCCGUGACAGAAAAGGAGGAAUUUAAAAAAAAAAAAAAACCUCCACAACAGACUGCACAAUUAACUGUACACAUCGAUGUUGGACUUUGUGAAUAGAAAAAAUUGAGAGGAAAAUCUUGAACUAUGAUGCGAGGCUAAGCUGGGAACAAUUACUGGAAACCUGAUUUUGUUUUUCCUUUUCCAAGACUCUGAAAAAUUUCGGGGUACCUCUCGCCUAACCAAGAGGAAAGGUUUAAAAAAAAUAAACAAAAUAAAUAAACCAGUACACCUAGCAAAGCAGACGCCUUGUUUUCCAGAACCUCGGACUCCGGCAGAAAGAGGUAGAGUAAAAGUGCUGCUAGAUUCAGCUUCACCUUCCUCCCUCCAUCCCUUUCUCUUGCAUUUUCUUUUUCCCCAAAAACAUGAAUCUGGUUUUUCUUUCUAUAGACUGAGUCAGAGAAAGCGUUAGGAAGAAGCCGCAACUAAUGUCUGUGAAGGGAGGACCAUGAGGCGAGAGUGAAUACGAUUCGUUCCGCUGCUUCUGACUCAUCCGGCAGAUCGGAACACCUGCAUUUCUGGAUGUGUCAUUCCCGUAUGUCGAGGCGCCUCCAGAACCCGAAAUAAUGUGUAGACAGACCUGUGUCUAACAUCCCUUCGGAGGGAGCUCCCCGGGGUAGGCGCCCCUGGCUGGACCGCCGCGGCCGCAGCUCUGCACCCCCUGCCCUCCCUGAGUCGCCCAGAAAAACUGAAAGAGAGACUGCAGAAUGCAUCACGCCAAACCUUGAUGUGUUGCUUUCAUCCAGCCCACUCCUCCUACUAUAAGAGAAAAUUGAAGGAAAAAAAAACACGUACUUUAUUUGCUUCAAAUAUUCAUCACUUUUAUUCCUCGCCAAGGUUUUCUUUUCUAGAUGAAGAGGACUGGGAGGCAGGGCUAUUGGAAGGAGAUGCUGAAUAGAAAGAAAAGAGAGGCACUUGACAGCCCAGCCCUGUGAAUGCAGAGACUGUUUCCCUUCUAGCGAGAGACAGGGAGAGUGUGUGUGCAAGGACUGGGAGGGAGGCUCCCCCUUCCUUUUUAUUCGGCCUCCCCCCUCCCCCUUUAAAUCUGCACGUCCAACCAUGAGUUGCCUGUUGAUUUCCCUUCGCCUGGGAAGAAAAGCAAACUGGAAUUAAACUGCUUGGAGAGAAGUCCUUGCUCGCGGGGAGAGGAUGGGAUGGUAGCGGAGGCUACUGGCUUGGCGUAGAGAAAUCAGAGAGUGUGUUCUACGAACAGAGGCGAAGAUUUAUCUCUCUAUUUCCCCCCUCCCAAUAGACUCACACAGCAAAUGCUGAUCAGGCUGUGGCUUUCUUGAUUUCGGGGGAGAGCCUUUUCCGAGGAAGAGAGGGAGGAGCCUGGUGGGGAGAGGAAACUACAAAUCGGGACACUAGUUCUUUACGCUGCAUUUCCUCCCCUCCCUUUGGCUGCUCGGAAAGGAGAGAGAGGAAAAAAAAAUACGCUUGGCUGGGAGAUGCAGUCCGCCGCCGCCGCUGCCUCAGCCAGCAAUGCAAGAUUAGAUCUCUAAAUGCAGCAAAACACUGCCUGAAAACAGACCGGCCCGCGCAGCAAGCAGACAUUUCACGGUGCGCUGGGGAAGCUUCAAAAUAUAUCUGUGACUCUGUCUUCGUUGCUCUUCAUCCCCAUCAAUUUCAUCACGGGAGGCGAGCAGCAAGUAAGAAUUUCACUUUCGGAUCUGCCUAGAGACACACCUCCCUGCUCCCUCCCCCACUCGAUGUGAAGAGUAUUCCGGAGUCUCCGGGCGGGAGUAGAUUUGCAGCACCCUAGCGGGAGCGAGGAAAACCUACUGAUUCUUUAGCUCAUUAUCAUCUCUCCCAGACGAGAUUUCCUUCUUAUCGCCUGCCUCAUCGCUCAAGUUUGAGCCUCCCGAAGUCCGGGCGGGAGAAACGAAACCCCUGGCUCACCCCCAGCCGCAGGAAGCCGCCGCCUUGCUCCAAGCCCCUGCAGCUCUGCUGCACCGCAGCUUCUCACCCAGUGCGGAUGCUGUAGAUCAACAGGUUCAGGGAACUUGAGCAGAAUAAGGAGAGACCACCGGGUGCCGCAGCUCGGGUGCAGAGGGUAAAAAGGACCCAUAGACUUGUGGCUCGCGUCGCGCGCGCACGCUGCGCCAGGGCCCCAGGCUGGCGCGCACUCCCUCUCUGGCUCCUCCAGUCCGAUUGCUCCUGCCCCCACCUUACAGGUCUGGGAUGUACCUUUCCAUCUGUUGCUGCUUUCUUCUAUGGGCCCCUGCCCUCACUCUCAAGAACCUCAACUACUCCGUGCCGGAGGAGCAAGGGGCCGGCACGGUGAUCGGGAACAUCGGCAGGGAUGCUCGACUGCAGCCUGGGCUUCCGCCGGCAGAGCGCGGCGGCGGAGGGCGCAGCAAGUCGGGUAGCUACCGGGUGCUGGAGAACUCCGCACCGCACCUGCUGGACGUGGACGCAGACAGCGGGCUCCUCUACACCAAGCAGCGCAUCGACCGCGAGUCCCUGUGCCGCCACAAUGCCAAGUGCCAGCUGUCCCUCGAGGUGUUCGCCAACGACAAGGAGAUCUGCAUGAUCAAGGUAGAGAUCCAGGACAUCAACGACAACGCGCCCUCCUUCUCCUCGGACCAGAUCGAAAUGGACAUCUCGGAGAACGCUGCUCCGGGCACCCGCUUCCCCCUCACCAGCGCACAUGACCCCGACGCCGGCGAGAAUGGGCUCCGCACCUACCUGCUCACGCGCGACGAUCAUGGCCUCUUUGGACUGGACGUGAAGUCCCGCGGCGACGGCACCAAGUUCCCAGAACUGGUCAUCCAGAAGGCUCUGGACCGCGAGCAACAGAAUCACCAUACGCUCGUGCUGACUGCCCUGGACGGUGGCGAGCCUCCACGUUCCGCCACCGUACAGAUCAACGUGAAGGUGAUUGACUCCAAUGACAACAGCCCGGUCUUCGAGGCGCCAUCCUACUUGGUGGAACUGCCCGAGAACGCUCCGCUGGGUACAGUGGUCAUCGAUCUGAACGCCACCGACGCCGAUGAAGGUCCCAAUGGUGAAGUGCUCUACUCUUUCAGCAGCUACGUGCCUGACCGCGUGCGGGAGCUCUUCUCCAUCGACCCCAAGACCGGCCUAAUCCGUGUGAAGGGCAAUCUGGACUAUGAGGAAAACGGGAUGCUGGAGAUUGACGUGCAGGCCCGAGACCUGGGGCCUAACCCUAUCCCAGCCCACUGCAAAGUCACGGUCAAGCUCAUCGACCGCAACGACAAUGCGCCGUCCAUCGGUUUCGUCUCCGUGCGCCAGGGGGCGCUGAGCGAGGCCGCCCCUCCCGGCACCGUCAUCGCCCUGGUGCGGGUCACUGACCGGGACUCUGGCAAGAACGGACAGCUGCAGUGUCGGGUCCUAGGCGGAGGAGGGACGGGCGGCGGCGGGGGCCUGGGUGGGCCCGGGGGUUCCGUCCCCUUCAAGCUUGAGGAGAACUACGACAACUUCUACACGGUGGUGACUGACCGCCCACUAGACCGCGAGACACAAGACGAGUACAACGUGACCAUCGUGGCGCGGGACGGGGGCUCUCCUCCCCUCAACUCCACCAAGUCGUUCGCGGUCAAGAUUCUAGACGAGAACGACAACCCGCCUCGGUUCACCAAAGGGCUCUACGUGCUUCAGGUGCACGAGAACAACAUCCCGGGAGAGUACCUGGGCUCUGUGCUCGCCCAGGAUCCCGACCUGGGCCAGAACGGCACCGUAUCCUACUCUAUCCUGCCCUCGCACAUCGGCGACGUGUCUAUCUACACCUAUGUGUCUGUGAAUCCCACGAACGGGGCCAUCUACGCCCUGCGUUCCUUUAACUUCGAGCAGACCAAGGCUUUUGAGUUCAAGGUGCUUGCUAAGGACUCGGGGGCGCCCGCGCACUUGGAGAGCAACGCCACGGUGAGGGUGACAGUGCUAGACGUGAAUGACAACGCGCCAGUGAUCGUGCUCCCCACGCUGCAGAACGACACCGCGGAGCUGCAGGUGCCGCGCAACGCUGGCCUGGGCUAUCUGGUGAGCACCGUGCGCGCCCUAGACAGCGACUUCGGCGAGAGCGGGCGUCUCACCUACGAGAUCGUGGACGGCAACGACGACCACCUGUUUGAGAUCGACCCGUCCAGCGGCGAGAUCCGCACGCUGCACCCCUUCUGGGAGGACGUGACGCCCGUGGUGGAGCUGGUGGUGAAGGUGACCGACCACGGCAAGCCCACCCUGUCCGCAGUGGCCAAGCUCAUCAUCCGCUCGGUGAGCGGAUCCCUUCCCGAGGGGGUACCACGGGUGAAUGGCGAGCAGCACCACUGGGACAUGUCGCUGCCGCUCAUCGUGACUCUGAGCACUAUCUCCAUCAUCCUCCUAGCGGCCAUGAUCACCAUCGCCGUCAAGUGCAAGCGCGAGAACAAGGAGAUCCGCACUUACAACUGCCGCAUCGCCGAGUACAGCCACCCGCAGCUGGGCGGGGGCAAGGGCAAGAAGAAGAAGAUCAACAAAAAUGAUAUCAUGCUGGUGCAGAGCGAAGUGGAGGAGAGGAACGCCAUGAACGUCAUGAACGUGGUGAGCAGCCCCUCCCUGGCCACCUCCCCCAUGUACUUCGACUACCAGACCCGCCUGCCCCUCAGCUCGCCCCGGUCGGAGGUGAUGUAUCUCAAACCGGCCUCCAACAACCUGACUGUCCCUCAGGGGCACGCGGGCUGCCACACCAGCUUCACCGGACAAGGGACUAAUGCAAGCGAGACCCCUGCCACUCGGAUGUCCAUAAUUCAGACAGACAAUUUUCCCGCAGAGCCCAAUUACAUGGGCAGCAGGCAGCAGUUUGUUCAAAGUAGCUCCACGUUUAAGGACCCAGAAAGAGCCAGCCUGAGAGACAGUGGGCACGGGGACAGUGAUCAGGCUGACAGUGACCAAGACACUAACAAAGGCUCCUGCUGUGACAUGUCUGUUAGGGAGGCACUCAAGAUGAAAACUACUUCAACUAAAAGCCAACCACUUGAACAAGCAUUCCCGACUUUGCUUUCCUUUGCUAUCCUCACCCUACACACCAUCACAAGUAGACUUCAGUCUGUUGAUCUGCUUCCUCCAGAACCAGAAGAGUGUGUUAAUUGCACAGAUGAAUGCCGAGUGCUUGGUCAUUCUGACAGGUGCUGGAUGCCACAGUUCCCUGCAGCCAAUCAGGCUGAAAAUGCAGAUUACCGCACAAAUCUCUUUGUACCUACAGUUGAAGCUAAUGUUGAGACUGAGACUUAUGAAACUGUGAAUCCCACUGGGAAAAAGACUUUUUGUACAUUUGGAAAAGACAAGCGAGAGCACACUAUUCUCAUUGCCAACGUUAAACCUUAUUUAAAAGCCAAACGUGCCCUGAGCCCUCUCCUCCAAGAGGUCCCCUCAGCAUCAAGCAGCCCAACCAAGGCGUGCAUCGAGCCUUGCACCUCAACAAAAGGCUCCCUGGAUGGCUGUGAAGCAAAACCAGGAGCCCUGGCUGAAGCAAGCAGUCAGUACUUGCCCACUGACAGUCAAUAUCUGUCACCUAGUAAGCAACCAAGAGACCCUCCAUUCAUGGCUUCCGAUCAGAUGGCAAGGGUCUUUGCAGAUGUGCAUUCCAGAGCCAGCCGGGAUUCCAGUGAAAUGGGUGCUGUUCUUGAGCAGCUUGACCACCCCAACAGGGAUCUGGGCAGAGAGUCUGUGGAUGCAGAGGAAGUUGUGAGAGAAAUUGAUAAGCUUUUGCAAGACUGCCGGGGAAACGACCCUGUGGCUGUGAGAAAGUGAAAAAAGAAAAAAAAAAAGGCAUUGGCAUUUUCUUGUCUCUUCUGUUGAUUUAAAAAUGAUCCCUCCUGGUGAUAACCCAUUUUACAGGGAUGAAGAAAGACCAAUGCUGCUUUAAGGCUUUUAGUGAACAUCUGAAGUGCCCACAAGUAUGUUCUUUCCACUGCUGAUUUCUUUUUCAGAGAUAACAAUGGUUUCGUUUUGACCAAACUUGUAUUAGGACAGAAUUAAUGAUGCUUAAAGAGAAAAGAAAAAAAAAGAGAAGAAAAAGGAGAGACGAAAAAGGAGGAUGAAGAGAAGAAUUACCUUUUGACAAUCUGUUAGGAAGGUAUGCAGUGUGAGAACUGAAGUAUUUCUGAUCACUCUCAGACUUGCUGACUUAACUGUUUACCUAUAAACCCCAUACAAAGCAGGGUCAUAAUUUGUGAUCUGUGGUGGAUUUCUAGCAGUCAUCACAGGCUUCUACUGAAAGUCCUGAAAAGACCUUGCAGUAGUCCAAGCUACACCAAACAUUAACACAUAUUUGUGGUAAACAUUUCUGUAUAAAGUUACCUGACACACAUAUAAACAUAAGGAACAUUCCAUAUCAUUAGUCAAAAACAAAAACAAAAAAAAAACCUUUGGUCAUUUGUAAGACAUCUCAUGUCAUAUAAAAGUUAAAUGUAAAAAGAUACAGUCCAUUUUGUCCUGCACACACGUAGACUAAUUCACGUCAUUAAAGAAGAAGCAAACUUAAAGAUUUAAAAUGUCUAUUUAGCAUUUUAGUGUCCAACAAAGAUUUAAACAAUGAUGAAUAUGUUUUAAAUUUGACAUAGAAAAGUUCUAAAAAAUAGUUACCAUUGAGUGGUAAGAUUCAGAGAAAAUUAACUUGAUUAAUAUGUUUUAUUCAUUUGUGGACACUAAAAUAGCUCAGGAAAGUGAAAAUGUCUUAGACAUACGCAAGUCACAUGACCAUUUAAAUGUGCAAAUGUAAGAAGAUUCAAUGUGUUUACAUCAAAUGACAUAUUUUAUUGAUUUAUUGCAGAUUCAGUGCAUAUGAGCCAAAUUGUUGAGUGUAUAAGAGCUAUAUUGUGUAUUUUAUUAAAUUAAUAUAUAGUUGUGUUGCAAAAAUAUUUGGGCUUAUAUUGUAAAUGGCAAGUGUUGCCUUGGUAGCUGUCGAACUCUAUGAGUUUUGUUUUUUCCUGCUUCCUUUUCCCCAUGGAGUGUGGGAAGCAGUGCCUCAGAGCAAAGUCUCUUGUUUAAUGUAUAGUCUACCAAGUACUACAGUACAUAAUCUGUUCAAAAUGUGUUUGAGUGAGCUGAUGGAGCUAACUGAAAGGUCAAAAAAUACAUCCAUCAGUCAUGGUUAUGUGCAAGUCCUUGUAGAAGCUUUUAUUAAAGUCAUGCUAAAUCACAAGAAUUGACAUUUGUACCAAUAUCUGAAACUUCUUCAUGUUUUUUCAAUAACAUACAGCUUCUGCCUAUGUAGAUAUUAUGCCAUCAGUUGGUUCUCAAACGUAUUUUAAGUGCUUCAGAUGUGUGUUCCCAUUAUAUUUUGAAAACAUGAAAAAUGCUUUAAUGCAUGUAUGUACCAGCAGUGGUUACUUGCAUUGUGUAGUGUUUUUCAAGAGGUCUGGGUCUUAACAAAAUGUUUUCCUUUAUCUCAGUGCUCUUCUGCCUCUUUUUGUUGGUGUCCUUUGAGAAUAAUACACCUUCUGUUCCUUCAUUUGGUUACACCUUUCCUUGUGACAUUUAGCGAGUUUCAAACUUACUUCCAUAUGAGGCUAAGAAACCUCAAAUUUCAGGAAUUGGGAAAAAUAAAAUUAGCACUUGCAGAAGUAGCAACAGAUGGGAAAAUGCCUUGAUUGACAUUUUCUUUCAGCAUUUAAAAUUUUUGGCAUUUUACAGCUUCAUGACAAACAGUUUUGUGCCCAUACCUUAGAAAAUGUGGUGCUGAGUUAAAUAAAGGCUGUUUGAGCACUGGAGCAGAAAAAUGCAUUAUUUGCAAACUGGUGGAGAAUUUUGUGCCUUCUCUUCUGGCCACCAAGCCAGUGUAGAAACAGCAAAAAUGUCAUAAAAAUUCUUAUAUUUAAAACAAAAACAAAAGCAAAAACAAACAUUGAAUUAAAUUAAGUUUUGUAAUUUUAAACUUUAAAAACUUCUACUGAAAAUAUUUCCGCCAAAUGCCAUCAAUAUUUUAGACUGUACCUCGUUUGCAAAACUGCUUUGAGAGGGAAGAGUGGACAACUCCCAUCAGCCUUAUUCUCUUGAGAACUAUAUUUUGGUUCCUAGUAACAGCCUUUCCAAAGCUCUACUCUUGGUUUUUAUUACUCAUAAAUGUUUAAAUUAGAAAAGAAGGGACCUUGUACAUGUGAAACCUAAUUGACGCUCUAUAUUUUGGACAAUUUAUGUAUCUGAAAUGUGUUGUCUCUGUUAUAUGAUGUUAUUUUUGCCAGGAGACUACAGGUUGAUUUAGCUUGAUAGCUGAAAUUUGAUGGAAAACUGAUUUCCAUUUAGUCUUACCAAGUGUUGCCUCUCUCUUACUAGAUAGAUAACCACUUAGUAAAAUCUAAAGCAGUAUGUAAAUGAAAUCAGCAAAGAGAGUAGGGUUUAUUUUAUAAACAUUCUUAAUGCUAAGUAACCAGUUGUUCAAUUUAUUAUAUGUGUCUGAGGACAUUAAAACACCAUAAGAUUGUAAUAAUUGGUUGUGCCAAUGUGUGAGGGAUUUACCUUUAGGCUCUCUGUCACCAGUGAUUUACUAGUGUUAGCUGUUUAACACAUUAUCUGUUUUAGUAGUGAUUAUUUAUUUACAAGUUGGUGGUAAUUCAGCAGUCAGGACUCCAAGCUUUUAUAGUUGAAUUGAGGAAAUCUCGCUUCUAUUCAUUUAGCUGGCAACUGCCUUUAUUGCAGAACUCUGGUGCUUGGCUUUCAAGGAAGCCUAUGAGAUGCCAAAAUCACACCUUUAGAGAGCACCUUGCUCUAAUAGGUGAUGCAUGAGCAAACAGUGAGAUUUGAAGGGGUUUUAACAUAAUUUAGAAUGUGAAAAAAAUAUCAAUUCAUAUCUUUCAAGUACUAACCCCUCAAAAAAAUCCCACACAUACAAAAUAUGUGAUGUGAUACCACUUUGUCUUUUAGGUCUUUAAGUAACUGAAGUUAAGCACAGAAAAAAAAAAUCACUUCAUGGAAAUUUCAGUAAGAAACCCAAACUUCUAAAAAUUGCUUGCAGAUGAGCUAAAAAAAAAAAAAAAAGCAACAAAAUAACCUUUUCAUCAGAGUUAAAAGUAGUGAGAAUCUGUUAGUUAUACCUAUACCAAAGUAAACAUUAAAGAGACAUAUCAUGCAAUUUCAAAGAAUUCUUUCAUGCUAUUUCUUAACCUGACAUUUCUAACUUUAUUGCAGGCAAUAUACAAAGAUUGGCUCACUACUCCAUAGGUUAAUUGAAUUCCUGGUUGAGAAACUAACUUGUUUUGUUUUCCAAAAUUAGCUGAAAUCUUGUAAAACAUGACUUCCCUUUAGGGAAGGAUCUAGAUAUUGCUCAAUUUAAAAUAUGGCACCAUAAAAAAGUCAUGUAGUAAUAGAGCAUAUGCUUUUUUAGAACCAGGUUAAAAGCUGUUUGUUAUCUAAUAGAGUAGAAGUUACUGAAGUCAACAGAUAGACAGGUCUGGCAUAAUAUAUGCCCAGUCAUAAUAGUCUAAUUAUAUUCUUUUGACAACAGACAGCAUUCAUCAGAGCACUAAUUCGAAUGAGAGUUUUGGCUAUCAAGAUGUGUUGAUUCUAAAUAUUAUUGAAUGAGACCUGAUUAAAGUCUGACUUUCCUGGCCCCAGUGUUUUGCAGGUUGGCUAUUUCCAUUAUCAGCCCAUCACUCCAUAAAGUUCUUAGCUGCACCAAGUGAUUGGUGAACAAGGACAACAACAAAAGCAGCAUACAUUGUAUGGAUUUAUCUCAACGCUAUUGUUUAAUGGCUGUGUUUAAUGUGAUCUAUCUGGAAAAUGAGGACUCCGAAUAAAAAGCUAUUACUAAUA